AUGACGAGGCCUGUCGAAUCAGCGUCGCACAAGGGCCAACGCCGACCAGAUGUGCCGAAAUGCCGCAGGCUCCAAUUGGAGGCCCUGUCUGCGGGCGAGGUCGCGAGGUCGCGAGGGCGCUGGGCGCUGUCGCUGUCGCUGGCGCUGCGUCGCAUGUGCAGCGCAAGCAGACGGCCAGACCAGCCACGGUGCGGUGCAAGCGAAGAGGCCUGCGCCUUGUUGCACAACGAGGGGAGCGUCAAGUGGCAUCGCGUUGGAGAUGCACAUGCGCAGCGGAGAAGCGAAGGCUACGCUCUGGCAAGCCGAGCCACGUCCGCCUCGGUAACAUCCGCUGGUUUCGAGCUCCAGACUCGUCAUCGGCGCUCGGAAAUGUCGCGCUAG